UUUCAUUUUAAAACAUUUCAAAUGGCCAAUCAUAUGUUCAAACAAAAUGAAUUCUCAUCAAUGUAUCAUAGAUACAUGCCCCCACCCUCACAAGAUGUCAUAGAUCUGAUAUUAUCGUAUAUGGAAAAUAAGAAAGAAAAACCCUAUGAAGUGGCAGCGGAUGUUGGCUGUGGUACUGGAAGAUUCACUGAGCUACUUGCUUCUCAUUUCCAGAAGGUUCUUGCUUUUGACAGUAGUGAAUCUCAGAUAAAUGAGGCCAAGAAAGCUUGCUCAUCCAAGAAUGUCCAUUAUCAGAUUUCUGCAUGUGAGAACUUACCACUGGAAGAUGAAUCUAUUGAUCUGAUACAUGGGGCUCUUUCAGUACACUUUUUUAAUAUGGAUUUAUUUUUCCAAGAAGCUAUUCGUAUUCUGAAGCCCAAUGGUUGCAUUGCUUUUCAUACCAUUAAAGCAGACUUCAAGCUUGAAUAUGGAAAUUGCUCGGAGACUCUGACAGACUUUUUUAAUCAGGUCUGGAAUGCUGGUCUCAAAUACGCUGAUAACACCAUGGAACAUUUGCUUGAUGGUUACGAAAAGGUCUUCAAGGCUCUUCCAUUAAACAAUAAACAAUGGAUUACCAAUGUACCACACACUGUUCCAAUGACCCUGCAAGAUAUUAUGGGAUUCAUCAGAUCAUUUUACAUGUCCCAUGUUUUUGCUGAGCAAGAUCCACAUGGAGCCAAGGAAUUCCAUCUAAAGAAUGAGCAAAGAUUUCAGGAGAUCCUGGGAGCAGAUUUUAAUAAAGCUGUCAUGAAAUUCCACCUCAAAUAUAACUGUGUCCUCGCUUACAAGUCCUCUAAGUAGGCAGAGUUGAAAACAAAGAACUGGAAAAGAUGUAGAUCUACAGAGUGAAAAGAAAUUAAUUACAUUUCUUUUGUUAUUUUUAAGGUUUACAAAUAAAAAUAUUUUGUUUUUAAAUUAAACCUUGUUUUCAAAUAUAUAUAUUAAAGUGAUUUACGACUGCA